AUAAUACGGCCAGCAUCCUGACCCGAAGGAGAAGAUUUAGUCGGACUAUCCAAGAUGUAUAUUACCUUCCCAUUGUCAUCUCUGAUGGAGGGGUCCCACCUCUCAGCAGUAGUGCCACUCUUGUUAUACGGGUAUGUGCAUGUGAAAGAGAUGGCCGUGUGCGGACCUGCCAUGCAGAAGCUUUCCUCUCAUCUUCAGGAUUGAGCACAGGAGCGUUAAUUGCCAUCCUGCUAUGUGUUGUCAUUCUCCUGGCAAUAGUGGUCCUGUUCAUCACAUUAAAACGCAGCAAAAAGGAGCCUCUGGUCAUUUCAGAGGAGGAUGUCCGGGAAAAUGUUGUCACUUAUGAUGAUGAGGGUGGAGGUGAGGAGGAUACUGAAGCUUUUGACAUUACCGCUCUGAGGAACCCAUCUGCUGCUGAAGAAUUGAAAUUCCGGAGGGAUGUUCGGCCAGAGGUGAAGCCCGGAACCAAGCACCCUACUUCAUCUCAUCUUGACAACAUAGAUGUUCAUGAAUUUAUUAAGCAAAGGCUGGCUGAAGCAGACCUUGAUCUGAGUGUGCCCCCAUAUGAUUCUCUUCAGACAUAUGCAUAUGAAGGUCAAAGGUCAGAAGCCGGAUCUAUCAGCUCUUUGGAUUCAGCUACUACACAUUCUGACCAGGAUUAUAAUUAUCUUGGUGACUGGGGACCAGAGUUCAAGAAGCUAGCUGAACUUUAUGGAGAAAUAGAAUCUGAAAGAACAACUUAA